AGAUCAGUAUCUUUUGCAAUGUCAUACGAGUGCGAGAGCUUGCGCACUUAUACAGGCACGACGAUGUAAGAGUAAAAUUGAACGUUGUGUAUUUGGAGGAGGGACUUUAUGACGAAAAGUGAGAAAUGUACGCAGGUCUAAAAGAAGCAGCCGACUGCCGAGAGGCCCUCAGUUGGCCGACAAUCAUAGAGCACUGAGGUUCGCCGUAGGUGGCUUAGCUAUUAUUCACCGUCUACGAAAUAACGACGAACGAAGAGGAAGAAAAAGGAGAAAUACAAAAACCUAACAGGAUGACGACAAAGAAGCUUGAAAGUGAAACGGGUAUUGCCGAGCAAGUGAUGCACGGCUUGCAAAUGUAUUACACGCCUAUCCUAGUGUACUUGGGAGUCCUUGGAAAUUGCCUCUCAGUCUGUGUUCUCCUCUCGGCGGAAAUGCGACGAUCCUCCUCGAGCUUCUAUCUGGCGGCCAUAGCAAUCAGUGACACUGGAUUCCUUGUUGCACUCUUCGUUGUUUGGCUGGGUUUGGUGGACGUGGGAUUAUUUAAUCAACAAGGCUUCUGCCAGUUUUUUAUUUACUUAACAACACUCUGCAGUUUCCUCAGCGUGUGGUUCGUCGUAGCAUUUACCGUCGAAAGAUUCAUCGUAGUACGUUACCCCUUGAGGCGACAGUCCAUGUGCACCACAACUAGAGCAAAGACUGUCCUUCUUGGUUUAACUAUCCUUGGCCUUGUGCUUUGCAGCCCUGUACUUUUAUUCUCGAGCUCACGGCCGUCCAGCGAAACGCGACAUAAUGCCACUGCCCUUUGCCACUUAGCUGAUGAGUGGGAGGAUUGGGCGAGCAUCUUCAACGUUGCCGACACCCUGACAACAUUUGUUUUACCAUUUUCCGUAAUCGCUCUCUUAAACGCACAGAUCGCUCAGGCAGUCUGGCGCCUCGCUCGUAUUCGCCGAGCCAUGAUUUCCAGUGUCCUCCGCAACGCGAAGCCAUCCUCUUCGCUUAAUUCUUCAGUUCCUCAACCACAUCCACGUCUGCACUCGCGACCUCGUAACUCGUCUAUAUCCCUCGAAAGUUCUUGCGCCCAAGCAGCCUCCGCGAUCACUGCUAACAGUCUUACUGUCGACGUCAACCCUACCAGCAACUCGAAAGAAGCUGGAUUCCCAAGAAACGACACCACAGUCAUAGUUAACAGCAUAAAAUCUACGCAAAGUUCCGCCGCUGUUGCCGUCGCAUCUCAAACCAAAGUAACGAAGAUGCUGCUCGUCGUGUCUACAGUUUUUCUACUUUUCAAUCUACCUGCUUAUGCGAUGAGAGUUCGCGCUUUUCUUGAGGUACGUUCACUCAAAGGGUCUGCUAACGAGACUGGUAUAAAUAUAAUGAAUUGACUUUCAGGACGAUGCAGAUCCACCGCGAACCAUCGUCGUACUCCAGCACGUUUGCAAUUUGCUUUUCCAUACAAAUUUCGCGAUGAAUUUUGUUUUAUAUUGUGUAAGUGGCCAGAAUUUUAGAAGAGCCGC